AUAUCUAAUGUUCAAACCAAAAAGUUAAGAAAGAAAAUUCAAAUACACAGGUCAACUUAAAAAGUUGACAGAAUCAUCAGAAACACAAAGCCAUAAAGCUAGUUUUUGAGUUUGGGAUCGAACGAUAUUUUAUUUAAUGUUGUUUCACCCUGAAUUCAACUAGUUCCUGCAGCAUAUGAAUGGCAACUGAAGCUGAUACACCGGAUGUCAUAUUAGAUACGAAAGGUCAAGUGGAAGAUGUGUACUUAACUACUGGACAGUUUGAAAAAACUGUCAAUGAAGGUUUCUCUGUGGAAUUGAAGAAAUGUGAAAGUCAGACAAAUGAACAUUUAGAAACUCACAAAGUCAUAUCAGAAAACAAGCAAGUUUCAGAUAGCACCAAGGUUGAAAUCAUAAAUAAUGUGGUUGGCAACAACUUUGGGAACUUAGAGGAUGGGAGUUUUUUGACAGCACCCUCAGGUCCCAUUGAUUGCAAUGAAGAGGCUAGUAAACCAGAACAUUGUCUGGUUGAUGAUCUGAAUCCAUCAGAGAUAGAGAUUCUGCCAAAAGCAAAGCAUCUGGAAAAAGGCCAAGAAUUUGAGGUUUCACAAGAAACAAUAAGAGAAGGUGAAAUAGUGGAAGAGAAAAACCAAGAACCAGAUCUUGAUGAAAGAAAUCAUAGUACUGAAACAAGUUCGCAUGCUAUGGAAGCUGGAGAGCCAAAGUUUGAGGUUGAAGGAGAAGAAAUUAUGAAGGAUAAGAUUAAUCAUGCUCACAAUGCGAGUGUAAUCUUAAAGCAGCAGGAUUCUGUUAAUGAAGAAAGUACUGAAAAGGAAACAGAAGACCCGGAGAAAGAUGAAAGAGAGAAAAUGGAGGAAAGCCAACUGGAGCUAUUUAAUAGAGAAGUUCCCAGUAUAUUAGAGGCUACGUUGGAUCACAGUAAUGAGGUCUCAGUUCAUACCCCUGAUUUGACAGUAUGCAGUGAUGUUCAAUCAGUCACAAAGACUUGUCUCAAAGAUGUAAAGGUAGACAAUAACUCCAAUAUAGAAGCCACACCUUUAAAGGAGGAAUAUACAGAAGAAAGAGAAUUUGAAGGCAUCAAGGAAGAAGACAAGUGCAUUGAUUUGGUGACUGAGAAAAGGGGAAAUGAAGUAAAUUAUUCUAGUGAAAAUAUUGGCACUGAAGAUGAGAAAGAUCAUUUAAUGCUUGACAGUACUGGGGAUGCCUCCAUCUCAACCAUAGCUUUAAGUCAAGAAAGUCAGAGUAAUAAAUCUGGAGACCAUUUGAAGGACAAACUUGACAGGAUACUUGCAGCAGAUGAAGUUGGUGAGCGAGAUGCUGAAAUUACAGAAGAGAAGUUUAAAGAGGUUCCUGGUAUUCCAUGCCAAGAGAAAAACCAAGAUAAUGAUGAAACUAGCAAACAAGAGAAAGAUGAAAAUCCAAUCGAAGAUGAAUUGCAGGAUAAGAGCAGCUCAGUUACUCUCUUUGAUACAAAAGCAGAAGAUACUAGCCCACACGAAUUAAGCAAUCCAGAAAUUCUCAAAGAUUACUCUGAAAUCAGGUCAGAUUACAUAGCCAAAGAGAGCCAAAUAGAAGUUACAAAGCAAAUUGAGGUCCUUGAGGAAACUGUUCGAGUCAGCAGCACUGAACAAGAUCUUGACGGUUCAUCCAGGAAAGAAGAUAUUCAUGAACAAUGUGAGGAGCUGGAUAUAACUGAGGCUGUAGUAGAGGAGGCACAAGAUAGAGAAAGAUCCAAUCUCGUGGCCACUAAUGACUUUAAUAGUACCAUCGAAUUCGUCCAAGAAGAAAAAAUUACAGAAUUGGAUUCUAGAAAGCAUGAGGCUGCGGCAGAGGAGGCACAAGAAGCAGAAGUAUCCAGUCCUGUGGUGGCCAAGGGUUCCAGUACUGUCAAACUCAUUCAAGCAGAAGAACUUACAGAAUUGGAUUCUACAAGGCAUGGGGAACACACAGACGAUAGUUUGUUGCCACAAAAUGAACCAGAAGAAAAAAAGCUUCAAACAGACUUGAAUGUAAUUUCUGAGAUUAAAAAUGAAGGUCUUGAGGGAGAUACUACAACAAUUGCCUCCAUCAACGAGGAGGGAGAAACCAAAAACAUUGAAGAAAUCUUUGAGAAGAAAGAGAAGGGAGAGAAGUCAGAUCCUACGUGUGAAACAAAAGAAAAUGAAAUUUCCAAUGAAGAGAUUAUGAAUACCCCAUCAAUUCAUUCAAAUAAUAAGAUUCAAAGUACAGUAGCUGAAUUCCCAAUAAAUGAAGCAGGCAAUUCACAUGCUACAUGUUUCUUGGUUGAACAAACAAAAGUACAAGAAGAAAAGAUUGACGAAGCAGAUAUAGAAUCUUAUGAAAAAGAUUACAAAGCAAACGAAUCAUCCAAAAGAGAGGAAAAACCUGAUGAAGAUAAUUUGCAGCAUACAAUAUCUGAGGGAACAGUGCCAACUAAAAUAGAACUGGAAACAAGUGAAAGCACUGAGAAACCUGAGGAGGAUUGUGGAUUGAACUCUAAAGGAAGUUUAAAGACUGAGGCUGCUGGAGAGGACAUAGCAGAGGAGGUGAAAAAGGAAGCAGAAAUUGCUCAUAUUGACCCACGAGAAUUCACAACAAAAAGUCAUGAAACUGAAGAAGGUUCAAUGUUAGAUGACACUAAAGUCCACGACACAGUUAGAGACAUGGCAGACAACCCAAUUAUACAAGCGGAGAUUCCCGAGGACAAAGCCUUGACAUCAAGAGAUGAAGAUGAGAGUCAGAAACUAGAAAGCAAAGGAAAUUCUGAUAAAGAACAAAUUGUUGAAGAUGUCAAAUUUUCUAUACCAGAACCAAUCCAAUGGGAAACAAGUGAGAACAAUCAAAACACAGUAAAAGAUGCAGAAGAGUUGAAUGAAGAAGAAUACCCUACAGAAAUCAUAAAGGAAGGUCAUACAACUGCAUUUUCACCAGAGAAUAUUCAAGAAACAUACAAAGAAUAUGAAAAUGAAAAUGAAGCAGAAAUGGCCAAAGGAGAGGUUGUUGAAGAGGUAGAAAGAACUGGAGCAGGUGAAAGCAAUCCAUGUGAAGCAAAAAAGGACAUUGAAAUAUUUGCUAAUGCUUCAUCAGUUAAGGAAGAAGGUACAGACCUGGAUCCAAUUGAAACUUUGAUAAAGGAGAAUAAAGUUGAGGGUACAUUCUCUACCAAUUUAUUGAAUGACAAUGAUAGCAAUGAAGUCAAAGAAUCAGAAAGACCACUAGAGCUAGCAUCAACAUCUGAAGAAUGUCAACAACAGGCUGUACAGAGAGACGAACCAGAAGAGAAAUUUGAAAGUUGGCAGCAAGAGACACCUGAUGAAAAUGAGACAGAACCAUCUAGUGAAAAUGCCAGAAAUAUAACCUGCGUAGAGAUCUCCAAGGAGUUAGAAACACCUGGAGUAGGUGAGAGCAUUCCACGUAAGACAAAUGAAGAUGUUGAAAAGUUUGUUGUUGCCUCAUCAGUGAAGCAAGAAGAUCAGCAUGAAGUAGAUAAGGGGCUAGAUCCAGUGGACGCCUUAAAAGAGGAUAUUAAAGAUGAUGACUCAUCAUCUACUAAAGCAGUGGAAGAAGAUGAAGACGGCAAAAUUAUAACUGUAGACAGAAGUACAGAUAUAGCAUCAAAAUGUAAAUCAGAUCAACAGCAUGCUCUACAGAAAGAUGACUUAAGGGAGAAGGAUGCAGAAUUGCUACUUGCAACGCCUGAAGAAACUGAGACAGAGCCAGCAAGAGAUGAUGCUGAAAAGUUUGUAGUUGCCUCGUCGAUGAAGCAAGAAGAUCAGCUUGAAGUAGAUAAGGAGCUAGAUCCAGUGGAUACCUUAAAAGAGGAAACUAAAGUUGACAACUCAUUAUCUACCACAGCAGGGGAAGAAGAUGAAGGCAGCAAAAUUAUCACUACAGACAGAAGUACAGAUAUAGCAUCGAAAGGUGAGACAAAUCAACAAUAUGCCCAACAAAAAGAGGAACCAAGGGAGAAGCUUGAAGAUUUGCUACUUGCAACGCCUGAAGAAAUUGAGACAGAGCUUGCAAGUGAAGAUGCUGAAAAGUUUGUCGUUGCCUCGUCAGUGAAGCAAGAAGAACAGCAUGAAUUUAAUAAGGAGCAAGAUUCAACAGAAGCCUUUAAAGAGAAGACUAAAGUUGAUGACUCAUUAUCUACCAAAGUAGUGGUAGAAAAUGAAGACAGCAAAAUCAUAAAUACAGACAAAAUUACAGAUAUAGCAUCGAAAGGUGAUACAGAUCAAGAACAUGCUUUACAGAAAGAUGAACCAAGGGAGAAGCUUGCAGAAUUGUUACUUGCAAUGCCUGAAGAAACUGAGACAGGGCUAGCAAGUGAAGACGCUGAAAAUUUUGUAGUUGCCUCGUUAAUGAAGCAAGAAGAUCAGCAUGAAGUAGAUAAGGAGCUAGAUCCAAUGGACACCUUAAAAGAGGAGACUAAAGAUGAUGACUCAUUAUCUACCAAAGCAAUGGAAGAAGAUGACAGCAAAAUUAUAACUGCAGACAGAAGUACAGAUACAGCAUCAAAAUGUGAAACAAAUCAACAACAUGCUCUACAGAAAGAUGAACCAAGGGAGAAGCAUGUAGAAAUGCUACUUGCAACGCCUGAAGAAACUGAGACAAAGCUUGCAAGUGAAGAUGUUGAAAAGUUUGUCGUUGCCUCAUCAGAUCAGCAUGAAGUAGACAAGAAGCUAGAUCCAGUGGAUACCUUGAAAGAGGAAACUAAAGUUGAUGACUCAUUAUCUACCAAAGCAGUGGAAGAAGAUGAAGACAACAAAAUUAUCACUGCAGACAAAAGUACAAAUACAACAUCUAAAGGUGAUAUGAAUCAGCAACAUGCUUUGCAGAAAGACGAACCAAGGGAGAAGUGUGAAGAUUUGCUAAUUGCAACGCCUGAAGAGACUGAGACAGAGCCUAAAGAUUUUGAAAAGUUUAUAGUUGCAUCAUCAGUGAAGCAAGAAGAUCAACACGAAGUAGAUAAGGAGCUAGAUCCAGUGGACACCUUAAAAGAAGAGACUAAAGCUGAUGACUCAUUAUGUACCAAAGCAGUGGAAGAAGAUGAAGACCACAAAAUUGUAACCACAGACAGAAGUACAGAUAUAGCAUCAAAAGGUGAAACAGAUCAACACCCUCUACAGUUUGACGAACCAAGGGAGAAACAUGAAAAUUUGUUACUUGUAACGCCUGAAGAAAGUGAGACAGAGUCAGCUUGUGAAGCAACUAGAAAUGACACCUACAUGGGAAGGGAAGGAAUAAUUCAAAACCAUGAAGAAAUCCCAAAAACAGAAACUGGACAAGAAGAGGCAAAGAAAACAGAUGACACUGAUGAUACAGAAAAAGAGGUGCCCGAGACUACUAGUGCAGGCCAAGAAACCAGAGAACAGGCUUUAAGGGAGCUUGAUGGUGAUGAAAACUUCUACUCCAAGAUUACUGAGACAGAAACAGCUGAAAACACUGAAGAAUCUCAGGUAAUUACCGGAGUGGAGACAAGACCUCCAAGUAUAGAAAUAAAAGAACAAAACUUAGACAAACAGAGCGUUGCAGAACUAUCCUCUUUAUCGCUUGAAGAAGAAAUAGUCAAGGAAAGUUCAAAAGAAAGUGAAAAGAAAGAUGCAAUAUUGAAGCUUCAAGAACAAAAUAAGGUGAUAGAAUUGGUAGAGGAAAUAAAACCCGAAAGCUUAGAAUACAGUGUGAAGACAAAUGAGGACUUCGAUGCUACAGAAACUCCAGAGGAAGAAACUCAUAUUGAAGAAAAAAGCAUGAAUGAGGCAGCUGUGAAACCGGAUAACAAGGAGGUCUUAAGUCGUGAUAUUACACUUGAAGAGAAGGGCUUGGCAAGCAGUGUAGAUAUUGAAGUACAAUUAGACUCUACCUUACCAGAAAUCUUGAGUGAAGAAAUGUUUUUGAAAGAAGUACCAGAUAACAAGGAGGAGGAUAGGAUUUAUAAUGAUGUUCCUAACGAGGAGGGACUGGACAACAUAGAAACUGGUGUGAUACUUGACAUUGCUAAUAGUAUUACCUGCAUGGAAGUUGAAGCUAUUCAGAACCUUGAAGAAACCUCAGAGACAGAAAAGAAAAAAGACGAGGCAAAGAAUCUGAACAGUACUAAUGACCAAGACAAGGAGAUUUCUGAAGAGUUAGAAACAGCUGGAGGAAGUGAGAGUGUUCCAUGCCAAACAAAGGAGGAUGUUGAAGGAUUUGCUGGAGCCUCAUUAGUGAAUAUAGAAGAUCAGAAGGCAAUUCAUAAGGAGCUAGAUCCAGUGGAUGCUUUAAAAGAGGAGAAUAAAGUUGAGGACACUUGUUCUACCAGAGUAGUGGAAGUUGAUGUUGAAAAUAAUGUUACAACCACUGAAAGAGGUAUAGAAGUAGCAUUAACAAGUGAAGUAGAUAAACAACAAGCAAUGCAGAAAGACGAACCAGGAGAAAAGCUUGAAAAUUUGCUACAUGAGAUGCCUAAAGAAAGUGAGACACGACUAGGAAGUGAAGAUGUCACAAGUGUUGCGUGUAAGGAAGGGGUAGGAGUAGACCUUAAAGAAACCUCAAAAACAGAAAACAGGGAAGAAAAGGAGAGUACGGAUAAUGCAAUCGACUCAGAAAAUGAGGUGCUUGAGACUCCUAGUGGGGGCCAAAAAAUCAGUGAACAGGUAGUAAGGGAACUUGAUAAUGCCGAGGACUUGUACCCAAAGCUUAUUGAUACAAAAACAGCUGAAGAGACCAAAGAAUCUCAGGUAAUUACUGAAGUGGAGACAACACCUCCAAGUAUAGAAAUUAAUGAACAAAUCUUAGACGAACAGAGCACUGCAGAACUCUCUUCUUCGUCGCUAGUAGAAGAAAUGGUUGAGGAAAGCUCAAAGGAUAUCAACAAGGGAGAAGACGCGUGUCUUGAACUCAAAGAACAGAAUGAGGUGACAGAUUUGGUAGAGGAUAUAAAACCUGAAAGCUUAGAGGACAGUGCAAAGCCAAAGGACUUCUAUACUUCAAAAGCAGCAGAAAUUGCAAUAGAAGAAAAAAUUGCAGGAGAAAACUCUCAGGAGAAUAGUCUACCUAGAAAUGUCGAUCUAGAUGUACAAGAUGACUCUUUUUCAACUAAAACUGUGAACGAAGGAACAAGCUUGAAGGAAGAUGAACCCAAUAUGGAAGAGGGUGUCAAAAUCUUUGAUAUUGCUCCUGAAGAGAAGUGUCUGGUAACUACUGUUACUAGUGAAGUACAAUCUGUCUCUGUCUCAGCUGAAAUAGAGAGUGAAGAGUCUUGCUUGAAGGAAGCCACACAAGAACAAGAAGAGCAAGUCAAUGAUUCUAACACUGCUCUUGAAGGGAAUAGUCCACCCAACAAUGUUGAUCUAGAUGUACAAGAUGACUCUGUUUCAACUAAAAUUGUGAAUGAAGGAACGAGCUUAAAGGAAGACAAACCCAAUAUGGAAGAGGAUGUCAAAAACUUUGAUAUUGCUCCUGAAGAGAAGUGUCUGGCAACUGCUAUUACUAGUGAAGUACAAUAUGUCUCUGUCUUAACGAAAAUAGAGAGCGAAGAUUCUUGCUUGAAGGAAGCCACACAAGAACAUGAAGAGCAGGUCAAUGGUUCCAACACUGCUCUUGAAGAGAAUAGUCCACCCAACAAUGUCGAUCUAGGUGUACAAGAUGACUCUGUUUCAACUAAAAUUGUGAACAAAGAAUUAAUUUUAAAUGAAGUUGAACCACAUAAAGAAGAGCAAGUCGAGAGCUUGAAUAUUGCUUCUGAAGAUAUUGGCUUGGUAACUAGUGUAGAUGUUAAGGUGCAAUCUGACUCUGACUUGGCUAGGACAGAGAGCAAAGAAACUUGCUUGAAAGAAGUCAAGCAAGGUCAUGAUGAGCAGGAUGAUGGUUCUAAAAUUUCUCUGGAAGAGAAGGAUUUGGCAAACAAUGUAGAUAUUGGUGUUCAAUCUAACUCUGUCUCUGCUGCAAUUAUGAAAGAAGAAACAAGUUUGGAGGACGCCAAACCAUAUAAUGAAGAGCAAUUUGUAAGCCAUGAUAUUGGCUCUAAAGAGAAGGGUCUUGAAAGCAGUAAAGAUAUUGAAGUGCAAUCUGACUUUGUCUCAGCUGGAGUAGAAAGUGAGGUAACUUACUUGACGGAAGUCAAACAUGAUCAUGAAACAAGUAUGAAGGAAUCUGAACCAGAGGAUAAAGAGCUAGUCAAAAGUAUUGAUAUUACUUCUAAAGAUAAGGGUCCAGUAAGCAAUGUAGAUCUUGAUGUUGUCUCAGGUGGAAUUGAGAUUGAUCAAAAUUUCUUCGAAAAGGACAAAGCAAAGAACCAAGAAAACAUCAAAACUUUUGAUGUAGCUCAUGAAGAUGAAGGUUUGGGAAUUGAAGAAACGAGAUUGAAGGAAGCCGACCAAGAUGACAAAGGGCAGGUAAACAAUUUUGAUGUUGCUCCUGAAGAGAAGGGUGUGGCAAGCAAUGUAGGUGGCGAUGUACAGAAAAAGGAAGAUUUAGAUUUAGAUGAGAUCAAAGAAAAGAAGAUCCCAACAAUAACAGGUGAAUGUGUAGAGAAAAUAGAACAGGAAGUGGAAAAUGUCACUCCUUUUGAGAAACCUCUGGAUGGUUUGCCAAAAGAUAAUCUUCAAGAUUCUUCUACAGUCCCAUCAAAAGAAACUGAGCCCAUGAUAACUGAAUCAAAUGAGACACCGAAGGAGACAACUGCAGAUAAAACUGAACGUGAAAAUGCAAAGCUGUCAAUUACUGCACCAACAAGAGAAGAGGGGUUGUUGCAAAAGGAAGAUGACUAUACAUUGGAGCCUUAUGACACUGAGAAGGAAGUUGCAAAUGAAGACAGUCAAAAGAAAAUGGACCGAGAGCUAGAUAUUACCCCAGAGAUUAUCAGUGACAAAAUUAGUACUACAUCAGAAGAUGUAGUAAUCUCAAAGAAGGAAGUUAGUGAGGUUUGUAACCUAGAAACUCUUCAAGGCAAAGAACAGUCAGUAAAGAUUUUCAACGCGGAAGAGACUGAUAAUUAUGCUGAAAGCAGCUUAAACAUGGAAGGGGUACGUACAUCACUGGACUUGGAAGCAAAUAACACAAAGAACAAUGAACUUCCUAGAAACCAGAAUCUUGAACCAGGUGAUCUGGGUGAGGUGCUUUCAUAUACAUCUGAAUCAGUUCACAAAGAUCAAACUGAAGAAACACUUACUUUGACAAGGAAGAGUGAAACACUGGGAGAAAACUCUGAAGACAUGAAGGAGAUAAGUAGGGGAGUAGAGCUCACAUUGAUGGUUGACGAUUAUGUCAAUGAAACACAAAGGACAGAUGAGAUCAUCACCACUGAGGUGCAUGAAGAAGUUGAUAAAGCUGAUAAAAGUGAAAACACAAAGGAACAAAUCAUUGAUGGAAAGAGUAACCUAAAAGAAUUUCAUCCAGAACCCAAUGAAGAUGAAAGAGUCUUUAAGAAUCUUGAACCAGGUGAUCUGGGUGAGAUGCUUUCAUAUGCAUCUGAAUCAGUUCACAAAGAUCAAAUUGAAGAAACACUUACUUUGACAAAGAAGAGUGAAACAAUAGGGGAAAAUUCUGAAGACACAAAAGAGAUAAGCAGGGAAGUAGAGCCCACAAUGAUGGUUGACGAUCAUCUCAAUGAAACACAGAGUACAGAUAAGUUCAUCACAACUGAGGUGCAUGAGGGAGUUGAUAAAGCUGAUAAAAGUGAAAACACAAAGGAACAAAACAUUGAUGAAAAGAGCAACCUAAAAGAAUUUCAGCCAGAGCCCAACGAAGAUGAAAAAGUCUUUAAGGAGAAAUGCCCUGACCCAAUAAUCACUGAAUUUCUCAAAGCAACAGACUCCAGCGAGAAUACAUCAGGUGUGAAUUCGCAGGCAGAAGAGAACACUACCAAAAGGGUUGAAACACUUGUCACAACCCCACCAAACGAAGAAAAAAUAAACAAACAAAUAAAUCCCCUAAAUGACUGCAUUGAAUUACAUGAAGAAAAGAUUGAAGAGGAAAUCACAGGGGAAGUUGAUAAUGGUUUGGAUAAGAAUGAUACUUUAACUGUCAAAAAGCCAAUGGAAGUGACAAAUUUGGAGGAAGCUCAACUGGUUGAUGAGUCGGUAAAGGCAUUUGAUAAUGAAUCAGAAGAGAGGAAUCUAGAGUUACUCAGAUCUGAGUGUGCUAUACCAGACAAAGUUGAAACCAUGAAGCUUGAAGAAAGGUCCUUCAACUUGGAGUCUCUGCAUUCAAAACAAAAAGGCACGGAGACAGAGAAUAUGGUGGAGGAGAAUUUGAAUGUAAAUGAAGUUGAAGAAGCCGAACUAGAGUCUUCUAUUGAAGAUAUCAACACAAUUAAGUCAAUCCUAGAUGGGGAAAGCGUGGACACGGAUAAAAUUAGAGAAGAUGAAAUGAAAAAUGAUCAAGGUCCUGAAGAAGGAAAAUCAGAAGAGCAACUGCAAGCACCAUCUUCCACGUUACUUCCCGAGCACCAAAAACAUGAAACAGAAACCACCAUCAAGACGAAUGAAGAUGUUAUUACGGAAGCUGACUUGCGAAGUAGUGACUCUAAUGAGAAAGAAGCCCCUUUAACAACAUUCUUGCCAAAAGAAGAGCACAGUGUAUCAGAACCCCGUGAGGUGGCUGAGGAAAGGCUGAGAACAGAUGAAAGUAUAGAAGAUAUCAAAGCAGCUCCUGAAACAUUGCCCGGGUAUAAUCAAGAAAUCACUCGAGCAGUAAGAGAAGAUGAAGUCACAAGUGGGAUUUCAACAGAACAAGUUGAAGAAGCAUUGUCAUCUGCAUUGCUUUCAGAAGAACCUGAAGCUAAAGCUACUGAAGCAGUCGAGAAGACAGAAAAUAACACGAGGGAGCUGGAAAUUCUUGACAAUAAGGAAAACGAUUCGUUGGCAACAGAUUGUGGAGAAGAGACAUACUUGAAGGAAGAUUUUGAGGAUUUCAAAGUUGAAGAAGAAAUUGUAGAAACUCCAGGUACAGUGUUAACCGGAGAUGAAAGCAUUACCAAUCGAGCUAACCCUGAUGUGAUAUCAAAAGAUCAAUUUCAAAUACUGCUUUCCGAGGAGCAAGUGAAUGAUACUACAACCCCAUUCAAGGAUGCAGAUGAAGAGAACAAAAACGCAUUGAAUAUUCUAGACAGUGAGGAUAUAAAAGAUUUUCGUGCCCCAGCAACUGGCGAAGAGACAUGCUUGCAGGAGGAGCCCAGGGGGGUCGAAGUCUCUAAUUCGAUAGUGGAUGUAAUGGGUUCAGAUGAAGCUGAAGAAAAAAACAAAGGUGCAUCUCAAAUAGUCCAUGAAACUAAUUUGCAGAGUACUGAAGCCGUGCUAGACGAAAAAGUAAUCAAAUGCUCUGAAGAAAUAGCGGAAGUGCAACUUGUACAACAAACUGGUGGUAUCUUGCUUCUGGGUGAACAGAAAGACGGCAUCGCAUCCACAACUAGAGCCAUAGAAGAAGAAGAAAGCACGAAAGUGGUGGAAGUGAUCGCAAAGAAUGAUGAAGAGACGUGUUCAAAAAAGGAGACCAGAGAGCUUGAAGUCUCUGUUUCAACAGUGGAAGUGUUGGAUUCAGAUAAGACGGAAGAAAUCACAGAAUCUACUGAGACAGAGUCGAAAGAACAUUCUCCAAACACUGAAGUUGUUAGCAGAGAGAUAUCCACCGACCAACCUCUCCCAGUUGACAAAGAUGAACUCUUCACAGACCAGGCUGUCCCUGCUGGUACAUCAACGGAGCAGCUUCAGAUACCAUCUUCUUCUACUUUGACUCCCAACAAAGAAAAUCAUGAAGCUGCAGCCAUAGUCACGAAUAUUGAAGAAGAUGAUGAGAAGUUAAAAGACUAUGGUGUUGAAAAGACAGUAGAAGAGAUAUGCUUGGACAAGGAAGAGCCUAAGAAGCUUCAAGUUUCUGAAUUUGAGCCUUGGGUUCAUGCUGGUGACGACAUACAGGAGCCUAAGAAAGAAGGCGAGAGCCUCAAUGAAGUCCCAAAAAUAGAGCCACGAGAAACUGAGGAAGACACAGGAAAUGCAGAACCAAGAAGAGCAGCCGUAGAAGCUUCCACUCUCGAUAGUGGUGAACGUGAGAUAGCUUCUGACUUCAUCUCUGAAGAAACAAAGUGCCAUGAAUCGCUCAACACUAUUGAAAAUGUUGAAAUCUUUGAAAAUCAUCUCAAAGUAGCAACAACCGAUUUGACCAAUGAAGAGUAUCAGCGUGAGAUCAUUACUGAAGCGGAAAAAGACAUAACAAAGGUUAUUUUAGAAAAAGAGGCACUAACAAGCAUAGAACUUUCACACGAGAAAGAGAGUCUCGGCGUUGAAGAAGCCCAAAGCUCCCAUGAAACAUGUAAAGAGCAAAGUCCAAUGGAAGCAGACACCGCUGAGAUCGCAGCAGCAAAAAUCACAACAAGCGCUAAGGAUGCUCCAAAAACUCUUCCAGACCCAGUUGAAGAAACUUCACAAAGAGCAGAAUCAAAAGACAUAAAAUCCAGAAACGAAACGUGGGUUGGUGAUAGAGAAAUCAAAGGUGAGCAAUGCGGAAAAGAAAAAGAAGCAGUGGGUGAUUCAGGUGAAAGAAAAACAGGAACUGAAUCAGCAGUGAUUUCGCUAUCUGAACUCAUACAGAGCUCAACAGAAGAAAAUACUGAAGUGGUUGAAAAAUUAUCCAAAGAAAAGGAGCCAAAAAGCAGCAAAGAGGUAGAACACGAUCAAGCUCAUGAAGAAGAUGAUGAAGAAGAGGAGGAAGAACAUGAAGAUGAAGAUCACCCAGAUGCACCAAUCCUAGUACAGGCCUCAAACGACAUUGAUGCCAAAGCUGCACGUAAGAAAUCUCAAGGCCUAUUUUCAGGGGUUGGGUCAAAGGUGAAACACUCGAUCUCCAAGGUCAAGAAAGCCAUUACAGGCAAGUCUUCUCAUUCCACUAAGACACAACCCAGCAGCAGUUAGAAAGCUCAAUUUGGGUGCCUAAAAAUAUUUAUUAUUUUCGUACAUAUAUGGGUGAUUCACAAUUGUUUGAGUGAUGCUUUGAAUAAGCUAUAAGAGGUUUGAUUAAUUUUUGAUUGAGUGAAAGUGUGGUUUACCAGUUUUACAGCUUGAUUUUGAGGUUUGUUAUUUUGUACAAAAACAUCUGUAAUUUUCAUACAAUGUUAUGUAAUAUUUACAUAAAAUACCUCAGA